UUAGCCAAAGGGGGUCAUACAUCGACGUUGGUAGUUUCAAGGAGUUUCCACUGUGCACGAUUGUUAGAUUGUUAAUUGACAGUGCAUUCAACUACAAAGGUCGGUUUAAAAAUACGUAAAAGUAAACUAUUCGACUCCUACGCAAUGUCACAGCUUAACAAAACAGCAACAUCAGUCAAUUUAUCAAAUGUAAUGUAGUUAUAGCCGAAUGUAGCCUAUAGCCUAACAUUCUUUUGUCAAACUUUUUAAAUGUCUCUUUGAGGAUCCAAUCCAGGCACUGGAAAUAGCAUAAAGAAAACAUGCAUGACCCUGUGUACAACAUUCAUAACAGAAGGACAGGACAGAAUUUUGUUGCUUUUAGUUUUGUUAUUAUUAUUAUUAUUAUUAUUAUUAUUAUUAUUAUUAUUAUUAUUAUUUACACUGUCUAUAUUUUACUCUUAAUCCAAACUGGAGGGGGCUAUUUGGGGAGGUUGAUGGUCAUAAUUUAGGUGUAAAUUAUAAUUAUUCUUAUUAUGCCCAGUCUUCAAGAUGAAGACGCAGAAGACGAGCUUUUUAGACCUGCGCAUCAGUCGAUACCCAAAUGAAAUAAUGACCCAUAUGCUAAUCAAUUCCAGAAUUAGGAUACACCUGUUUAGAAAAUUAUGUAAGUGACAAGAUUUUGAGAUUGACUGCGUUUAGUGGGUUAUUUUGGAGCAAACAUGAUUAACCAUGUUUAGGUUCUCCUUCGUUGCUCCAAUUGUUCGCUGUAAUUGAAUUAAUGUCUUUGCUCUCCAUUUUAUGUCACUACUGAGAAUGUCAGAGCGAGAAGGAGGGCACGCUGCGCGUCUGAGUGUGACCACGGUCGCGCUGCCUGGGUAACGGAGCGGACAUUGGCUCACAGUCUGACUGACGUAGGAGGUCGUAAUUGAAAACAUUCCGUCGGAGCCGCGAACAGCUUUUCUACAGAUGAAUGAAACAUAAACAAUGAAUGUUUUGGUCACUUGUUUGUUUUUCGCGGCCGUCUCUUACUUCUACAGUAGCGACCUCCUGACUGCCUUUCGCAUUUAUGUUGUAGACAAAGUGCUCGGCACCAGCAUGCCAGAGUCUGUAGUGGACCGGCGGAGCCCGCAAGGUGUCCCCUACACGGAGCUGCGGCACAUCGUCGACGCCGACGGGCGACACUUGUUCUGCCGCUACUGGGAGCCCGAAGGCCCCCCAAGAGCCCUGGUGUUUUUGGCCCAUGGGGCAGGGGAGCACAGCGGCCCUUACAGCGACCUGACCAGAAUCCUCACAGGGCACAGCCUGCUGGUGUUCGCACACGACCACGUGGGCCAUGGGCAGAGCGAGGGGGACAGGAUGGUGAUUGAAAGUUUCCACAUCUACAUCAGAGACUCCCUGCAGCACAUCGAUCUGAUGAAGAGGAGGCACCCUGGGCUGCCGGUCUUCCUCCUCGGACAUUCCAUGGGCGGGGCGAUCGCCAUUCUCACGGCCUGCGAGAGACCCAGCGAUUUCGCCGGAGUUGUGCUGAUUGGACCCUUGGUCCAGAUGAGCCCAGAAUCAGCCACGCCCUUCAAGGUGUUCAUGGGAAAGGUUCUCAACCACGUCAUGCCGAGCCUCCCUAUGGGAGCCAUCGACUCCAAAUGGAUUUCUAGGGACCCGAAGGAGGUAGAGGCGUAUGACAAAGACGAGCUGAACUACCAUGGCGGGGUACGCGUGUCGUUUGGGAUGCAGCUGCUGUCUGCCACGCAGCAGAUCGAGAAGGCCAUUCCUGGCAUCACCUGGCCCUUCCUCAUUCUCCAUGGCGACUGUGACAAACUGUGUGACAUCAGAGGUUCACAUCUGAUGAUGGACAACUCCAAGAGCGCUGACAAAAAGCUGAAGGUGUAUGAAGGUGCAUACCACGCCCUUCACCAUGAGCUGCCGGAGACGAUGGCCUCGGUUCAGCAGGAGGUGAGCACGUGGAUCACGGAGCGGAUCCCAGAGCAGAACCAGGAGCAGAACCAGGAGCAGAACCAGGAGCAGGUCCCGGGCUCCUACCCCUAGAGCAUCCACCCUCUUCCAUCCUCCUGUCUGUCCUCCUCCCUGCCUCUCCUCCCUGCGCGGUCCUCUCCCCCGCGCACCGACUGGAGCAGCCUGCCGCCAGACUCGCCACAACCCCGGCAACGACCAAUCACAGUCCAGCGGCCCGGCAGCCCCCUCCACUCCACAGGUUAGCAGACAAGCCAGGAGGAGAGGUGAGCAGGCCAGCAGGUGGUCAAGGCGCUUAUGAAUGUCUCCUGACCCCACAGAGAAGCAUCUAGAACCGACUUUGCGCCAAGGAUUCAGAGGUGAAGUUCUGUAUAUUUAAAGGGCAGACCCAGAGAUUGUGUUAAUGAGAGAAAUAAUGUAUUUAAUGAAUUCCCUAUAUCAUAGAUUUUCAGUGUGGGAGUGGGUCAUUCCUUCCUGUGGAGAAAUGUUCUUUCUGUCAAACAUCAUGUGCUCAUUAGACAAUCAGCUCCACAGUAGGGCACAGUUGUUGUUUUUUAUCAUUGGUGCCCCCUGGUGGUCACCUGGCAGUACUGCCUACAAGUCAACAAGCACAUAAAAUGGAACUGCUUGUUACCAUGGUAACAUUCCAUGAUAUGAAAUUCCGUGUAGAAAAAAUAAGCAAACAAGGAGCUCCAUCAGGAAUUCUGCAGAAGCUGUGUACUGUUCAAAUCCAUGCCGCAGUGAGAGCACAGGCAAUAUGUGACAUGGACUGUGAAUUGCAUGCUGGUUACUGUGCAUCUCUCUUCAUUAGACAAAUAACUGUAUGACUACUAAUGAAUUUACAUGUGUGGGAAUGUGUUUUUAUCUACCCUGUAUUUUGUAUGUUAGUUUCUAGUAUGUUAAUAUGGUCAUAAGAAUUGAUUUAUCAUAGAUCUAUUGUAAGGUUAGCAGAAUAGAUGUUGACAGUCAAUAAUAUAAUCAAGCGGGACUGGAUUUCUUGAAUCAGGAUGUGUGCUUCAUUGUGAGGUGUGUGUGUGUGUGUUUGUAUAUCUGCAUGUCUGUGCUGAUGUAUGUUCUUGGAUGAGUGCAUGUGCUUGCCUGUGCGUGUUGGCACGUAUGUGCGUUUGUGGGCGUUUGUGUGUGUGCGUUUGUGGGCGUGUGUCUGUGUGUGCGUUUGUGGGCACGUGUGUGUGCGUGUGUGUUUGCUGAGGUACGUUUACGUGCAAGUGCGUGUUCAUCCUUGUGUGUGGUGUGUGUGUUUGCAACAUUUCUGGGUGUGUGCAUGUGUGUGUGUGCUUGAGUGUAUGUCUCUGCAUGCGUGAGUGUGAUUGUGAGUGUGUCUGUGUGUGAGUGUCUGUCUGUGUGUGUCUGUCUGUGUGUGUGUGUGUGUGUCUGUCUGUCUGUCUGUCUGAGUGUGUGUGUGUGUGUGUGUGUGUGUGUGUGCGCCACAGAGUGGUCACCAGUCCGUGGUCGUCUGCAGUAUAUGCCAGUACUAUGAAGCUCGGAUCCUCUCAGUGGAGAAAAGGCAGGCACUUUUUUAAAACGUGUGUUUGUGUGUGAGUGUGUCGCAGGCACUUUUUUAAAAAUGUUUUUCAAUUAAAGUAUAAAUCUGACACAGGCAUUGUGUUAACACAUGAACAUUACAAUUUUAGUAAAUGUAACACGAUUAUUACUGUACAUAUUUUUUAAGCUGUGGGUCGUGGCUUUAUGGCAUUGAUUGGAGGAUGGCCACAGGCUGACAGAAUAUGGUUUGGGUUAACAUGAUGUGGUUUGGGUUAAGAGGCUGACACAAUGUGGUUUGGGUUAACAUGAUGUGGUUUGGGACACUGUGUUGAAUUCUUGCAGUCAGGAAUACUCAUGUUUUUAUGUACUUGGUGCAGGUAAUAAAACACUAGAUAUCUUUCA